GGAAGCCCUUGAGAAACUAGAGAAAGCAGCAUUCCUGAAAUUUUCAAUGCCUUCAUUUGACAUAGGAAUUGAGUUUAACAUGUCACAGGGUGAAGGCACAUCAAAAGUGGAUGUAGAAGCUGCGAAGACUGAAACUGCUCCUGAUGUACAAGAUGUGAUGACUGAAACUGUUGAUGGAGUGGAAGAUGUGAUGAUUGACACCAUUGCUGGAAUGACUGAAACUGUUUCUGUUGAUGGAGAAGUGAAUGGUAAUGUUGAAGUGGCUGAAGUGGCUCAAAUGGCUGUUGAGGAAGAAGUGACUGGAGAUGAUGGAGAAGUAAACAAGGAAAUUGAUAAUAAGUCAGAGAGUGUUGGUCUAAAGCCAUAUACCAGAAAGAGAAAGCUUCGAAAGUUAGGUGAUUCAAUUGUCAAUUACAGAUCACCUUUUCUGAAGAAUAAUAGAAGGCUAUGCAAGGAAUUUAGCAGAGAUGAAAAGAUUGUUCUUGAUUGGGGAUUCUCAAAAGAAGUUGAAAAGUAAGAAAAACUAAUAUUAUAUAAUGUAUUAUUUCAAUAUAAACACCAUUUGAUAAUUAAUUGUUUCAAUUUGUUUGAAAAAUAUUAUUCUGUUAGAGACUGUGUCUAUCUAGAUGAGGAAGGUGUGUUUAUAACUCAUGAAGAAAUUCAGACACUUCAAGAAGGAAAUGUAGACAACUCAAUAAUUGAUGCAUUCACUAAGAUUCUGAAUGACAGAGAAGAAUCAAAUAAGUCUACAAAGCGUGCCUUCAUUGCGUCAACCCAAGUAUAUGCAAUGUUUGAUUUUGCAUCUGGUGACCCAAUAGAAAAUAUGGUUGAUAGAUUGCAAAAAGAAAUAAAUGAUGCUGCAGCAGAUGUCACAAAAUUAGAUAUGAUACUGUUUCCCAUUCACAAUCAUGAGCACUAUUAUAUCUACUACUUUUACACAACAAACAACAUUGUUGAUGUAAUUGACAACCGGAUGCUUCCAGAUGGGGUGAGCGUUGAGGACAAAUAUGGCAAAACUUUGAAAAAAAUGCAUGAAGGAUUCAAAGCCUUCUGUGAGAAAGUGCAGAUUUCAAGCACAACAAGUUGGGUCCCCAGAAUCUUAUACAUGCCAUGGAGACAUAAUAGCAAUCACGUUGACUGUGGAGUAUAUACUUUGCGUCACUUGGAGACGUUUCGUGGGCAAGGACAUGUAUGGGAUUCUGGAUUUGCAACUGCUGCCACAAAUGAUGGAAUAAAAGCUCAAAAUGAAACAAUCCAAAAGAUGAGAGUGAUGUAUGCAGCUCAAGUUUUACUGUCAAAAUUUAACAAAGAAAGGG